AUACACUAUAAUAUACUAUAUAGUAUAUAUUAUAUUAUAGCAAAAAACAUAACGAAACAAUUUCCACAUCAUAAUAAACUUCAAAUCAUUAACAAAACAUUAACUCCUGUACAACUAACCCCUAAAAACUUUAUUAAACCAUCAAUAAAACAACAAGCCAAAUUUGUGUAUUCAAUUUGUGAACCAAUAAUUAAUUAUAAAACUUGAUAUAUUAAUUGAUAUGCAUAGCUAUUGUUUUUACAUAAUUCCCAUAAUGUCUACAUUUAGUUAUAUUGACAGUACAGUUGUAACUGAGCUCAACUCACAAAAGACAAUUCUAAAUUCUGGGUCUUAUAUCAUGUAAAUUUAUUUAAUUGCAUCCAUUAUUCAUUAACAGAGCUAUUUCCUUCUCAUCAACUGUUUAUUUUUAUUUAAUAAGUUAAACUAACAUGAUAUAUAUUAUGAGUCCAGGAUAAUAUUAUAGAUUUGAGCAUUGUUGAGCACAAAUAUUAUACUGGAUUUUAUUUUAAUGAGCAACUGUUUUUAUGUAGUUCAAUGGAUGCUCUUUUACGUGGUACAUUAAUACUCAAUCAACAUAAGUAAGACAAUAUUCACAUAACAAUAUAGAUAAUAGACUCUUUAACUAUAUUUCAUAAUUCAUUAUAUUGUGUCCAUGUGUUUAUAUUAUAUAUGUAUAUUGUACAUUAGUUAAUACCUAUAGUAUAAAUCUUUAAAUUUUUAACAAAAUAUAUUAGAAAUUGCAGGGUAUUUGCAUAAUGCAUGCUACUGACAUGUUGAUGAUUACCAUUAUUAAUUGUAUGCACUAUUAAUUGUCACAUCAUGUGAUAGUUUAAAGUAACUUUUAAUACAUUUCAUUCAAACGGUCUACAUAUACCUAAUGUAGUAAAGUAUAUCUACAAUUAUUGGUAGGCAUUGUAGUAUAUACACACCAGAAACAUAAGGAAAUGCAAUUUAAGGUUUAAUUACACACCUUAUUUUAGUAAAAAUAAUAUGUUUUUGGUUACUAUGGAAAUAUUCCAAACAAAUUGUAAAUUUUGAGUUUUUAAAUAUAUUAUACAUUUUAUAUCGGUUUAUUUUACAAAAAUGUUUAUUAUAUAAACAUGUCAAAUAAUGCUUGUGAUGCCAAAAGGCAUAAAACAAAAAAAUUCAGCUUUAAGAGAAAGCCUAAUGAUGGGAAUCAAACUGAACAUGUGGCGAGUGUGAAGGAACUACAGAAACAACCUGAGGCUAGUAAACCAAAACCCUCCACAAAUCAGUCACCAGUUUCCAAAAAACCGACACCAGAAACCAAAAAACCGACACCAGACACCAGAAAACCGACACCAGAAACCAGAAAACAAGUAUCAGAAACCAGACACUAUCCAGAAGAUGAUGAUUUUUGUAAAAACCAAAACGAUCAAACUGAAAUAACUCAAAAUGAUAGUGUUGAAAUGCCUCAAGGAUUUGAAAAUAAAGCAACGCAAACCAGGAUUUGUUGUAUUCAUAAUCAUUGCAAAAGAAAACAGCGGAAACGAAACGGAAAUUUCAUUCAAGACAUGUGGUUUUGUUUAACAAAAUUAUGUAAAUAAAUAAAAAUAAUAGUAGGUAUUUAAAAUUGAAUUUUUUCACUCUAACUUUUUACAUUUCAAUAGGUGCAUAAAUUAAUUAUUGAUUGAAGGAUUCAGUACAGCAUAUAAUUGAAUUUCUUACUCUUGUAAUAUAUAAUACAUAGAAUCUGUAGCUAUGAAAAUGUGCACAUCUAUAUUAUUCUAUUUAUAUUAAUUUAUUGGAUUAUGUACCUACUACUUAGGUUUGUUGAUUGUAAAAUUAUAUUCUUGUAUAAAAUAUGCUUUAGUAUCAAAGAAUUAAUUUUAAUUAUAUAUUGAAAUGCAGAAAGAUUAGAAUAAAAAAGCAUAAAUUUUGCUUAGAUUUAAAUAAAGAUUAUUUUGGAUGGUGAGAAAUUAGUGUUCUCUCUGCAGCAUGUUGACAUGUAGUUAAGUAGCUAUCUAAUGAUGGUAUUAACAAGGCAUAUAAAAUGGUUAUGCCGUUAUGGAGAAUAUUGAAUUUACGAUAUAUUAUUAAAGAAAGUAGUGCUUUUUAAUUAUUAAAUAGGCAGCUCCAAGAAGUGUCGGAGAUCGCUCCACUAAAAUCAUUUAGUUAUUUCAUGAUCCAAAAUUAAUUGAAUCAUACAUUUAACUCGACCAGUUGAAAGUUGGAUGGUAUAUAUUAUGUU